AUGGCUGCCGACUCAAAAACUUAUUCACUGGGUUCUACACUAGCUCACAUUGAAAUGUGUGAAUCCCAUGACUUACCCAUUGAUAUCAUAUGUGAGGACGGUGAUGAAUUCAUUUGUACCAAGUGUGCCAAAACAGAUCAUAAAGAUCAUGGUUGGAGCACACUACCCACGGCAGGCACCCAAAGGAGAAGAGAGCUACAUAAAUUUCUGAGGAAGAUCAUGGAAGAGGAUCUGUCUGAGAUUGAUGAGAAGGUACAGAAUAUGACAAAACAGAUUACAGAAAAUAAAAAACUGUGUGACUCUGAGAUGAAAAAGGUAGAAGAUCGUUAUGCCGAGAUAAUGACCAGACUGACAGAAAUCAAAAAAAGCCAUGAAAAAACAUUGAGAGACAAUUUGGUUAGAAAGAAUGAUCAACUGAACCAUAUGAAAUCUGAGUUAGACAAGAAUAAGAGAAUUAUCGUAGACAAAAUGGAAUUCAUGGAGGAGAACAACAGCACCAUGUCAGAUUACAGCUUGAUUGACAACCAGAGAGAACUGACGAAAGUGCUGUCUAAGAUGAAGGUUCAUAUGACAAACUGUGAACAUUCAGUGAGGUUCACUAAAGGUGAUAUCAGUGAUGACUUACUUGAGGCUUUGGUUGGAAAAACUUUGGAUUUAGAUGAUACUAGUGUGACACAAACAAGCUCAUUCAAAUAUGGAGACAGACGAAUAAUUUUUUUGAGAGCAUUGUGUGAAGAUCAAUGUUACUUAAGACAAUUUGAGUCAGCUAACACUGAACAAGUAAACACAGAAGGUGAGAAUAAACAUAAAUAUAAUAUUAAACCUUAUGACAUGUGUGUUAGUGAUGCUGGUGAUGUUUAUUGCACCACCUUUAUUAGCAAAUCCAUAAGUUGUCUAUCACCAUCAGGAUCUGUUUCUACAGUCAUCAGUACAGAUCCUUUGGAACCAGGAGGAAUCUGUCAGUCAGUGAGCGGUGGUCUACUGGUCACCUUGAUAAACAAGGAAUCACAUCCUUACAAGUUAAACUCGCAAAGCAGACGUCUGGUGAGACACAUCACAGUGACGGGAGAUGUCAUCCAUGAGUAUGAGUACCAGGAGGACGGCCAGACCAGAUUGUUUACAUUACCAGUCAGAGUCACACAGAACAGUAACAGUGAUAUCUGUGUUGUGAACCGUUUAGGUCGAACUACAGGCAAUCUAGUGAUUAUGUCUCCCUCCGGCCUUUUGAGGUCAGUUUACGAUGGACAGAACCAUACAGAAGACUUUUUGCCAACUGAUGUAGUGUGUGACCCCCACUGUAACAUCCUUGUUACAGACCAAAAUAACAAACAAAUCCAUCUCCUGAGUCCUGAUGGGGAGUUCUUAAAGGUGUUAUUGACAGAAAAUGAAGUGAACCUUCCAUUCUCACUUUCCCUAUACAAAUCUACACUGUGGGUAGGAUACUAUGAAGGACUUGUCAAAGUAUUUCAAUAUAAAUUGUAA